GUGACGAAAGAGAUUAAAGCGUGUGAGAGAUCAAUUCUCCAUCCAUAUAUUCCUGUCUUUGGUUUAUAAAAUUGUAGCUGCCUUGCAUAUAUUUAUCUAUCAAUUUCAAUUUCCAUAAAAAGGACACAAGACCUGCAGGCAUUAGCCGCGACGCAAUAGAGAUAUCUCAACCCCAUGUCAUGCUCACCAAGUUGUGUUGUACUAUUAACCCUAGGAGUGCUACUAGUUUCCUUCUUUGUUAACCCGGCAUGUUCCGCUUCAAGAAGAGCUCUCCGUCUUCGCGACCACCAGACCAUGCAAAACGGGUUCAAGGUGACUCUCAAACACAUUGAUUCUGAUAAAAACUUGACCAAAAUCGAGCGUUUCCAACGCAGAAUCAGUCGUGGCCGAAAAAGGUUGCAAAGGCUCAACGCGAUGGUCUUAGCCGCUUCACCAUCAGAUCAGGAUUCCGGUGUUACGUCUCCUGUCCACGCCGGUCAAGGAGAGUUUUUAAUGAAGUUGUCGAUUGGUAAUCCGGCAGAUACCUUCAACGCCAUUAUGGACACCGGCAGCGAUCUCAUUUGGACUCAGUGCAAGCCGUGUGAGGACUGUUAUGAUCAACCAACCCCAAUCUUCGACCCGACAAAGUCCUCAACAUUCUCAAAGCUAUCAUGCGAAAGCGAGCUUUGUGAAGCACUACCAUCCCAAACAUGCACCAACAGUUCAUGCGAGUACUACUACGCCUAUGGGGAUUCUUCCUCCACGAAUGGGAUUCUCGCAACCGAAACGUUCACAUUCGGAGACGUUUCGGUUCCCAAAAUAGGGUUUGGAUGUGGCAAAGACAAUGAAGGUGGUGGCUUUGAACAAGGUUCCGGACUUGUGGGGUUAGGCCGUGGACCGUUGUCCUUGGUUUCGCAGCUCAAGGAGCCCAAAUUCUCGUAUUGCUUGACUUCCAUUGACGACACAGAAGGUAGUAGCACACUUUUGAUGGGGUCUUUAGCAAGCUUGAACAACGCUAAAUCAGGUCCUGCAAAUAUCAUAACUACCCCUUUGAUCAAAAAUCCAAAUCGUGACCAAUCAACUUUCUACUAUCUCACCCUAGAAGGCAUCACGGUGGGUGAAACUCGAUUGCACCUUAAAAAAGACACUUUUACGCUCGGAGAUGAUGGGAGUGGUGGCCUAAUCAUAGACUCGGGGACAACUCUUACGUAUAUAGAAGAGGAUGCUUUUGAUGCACUCAAGAAAGAGUUCACUUCCCAGAUUAAACUUUCGGAGGCGGAUGCGACAGACACGGUGGGGCUUGACGCGUGCUACAAGCUGCCGAAAGACGUUAACUCUGGAAAGGUAGAGGUGCCAAAGUUGGUGUUUAAUUUCAAGGGUGCGGAUUUGGAAUUACCAGGUGAAAACUAUAUUCUGGUGGAUACGGAUGUUGGGGUGCUUUGCUUGGCCAUGGGGUCUGCGAGCUCGAUGUCUGUGUUUGGAAAUUUUCAGCAACAGAAUAUGUUGGUUUACCAUGAUCUUGCCGAGGAAACACUCUCGUUUGUUCCUACGAAAUGUGACCAGUUGUGAUCGAGUACUCGGUAUUUGCCCUUUAUUUGUGUUAAACUUUGACUGUGCCCACGUUUACUUUCCUCAUCAUUUAAAAAACUAUUUUCUUUUCUUCUUAAACUAAAGUCGUGAUGUGUUUAGCUAAAUCUGCUAUAAAGUAAUGAAUCAAAUGAAAAUAAAAUUAGUCUAUAAUUCAGUUUUUAAAGAUAUUGAAAUUUUCAUACCACACUGUCAUGGUAUGGUAGCUGUAAAUCCUAA